ACGGCGCCUGCGCGGUGGGCGUGAUCCGGGCACUUAGGGCAGGAUGAACGCUGCUUUCCAAGAUGGCGACGGAGGGAGGAGGGAAGGAGAUGAACGAGAUUAAGACCCAAUUCACCACUCGGGAAGGUCUGUACAAGCUGCUGCCGCACUCGGAGUACAGCCGGCCCAACCGGGUGCCCUUCAACUCGCAGGGAUCCAACCCCGUCCGCGUCUCCUUCGUAAACCUCAACGACCAGUCUGGCAACGGCGACCGCCUCUGCUUCAAUGUGGGCCGGGAGCUCUACUUCUAUAUCUACAAGGGGGUCCGCAAGCAGGUCCUUGACGGCAGUGCCGGGCCAGGGGAGAAGAUGCGCCAAGUAAUCCCGUCCUGCUUCCUCCCCGCGGCACCCCUGCCCCGCCCUGCGCCCUGCCGACCUGCUCCGCUGACCUCCCUCCGGAGAGGGAGCCUUCCCUGCCCCUGUGGGAAGCGUUUCUCUGGAGACCGGGAAGCCGCGCCACAGAUUGUCGCUGUGAAAAUUCAGUGAACGUAUCUUGUGCGUUUUGUGAGUGGGCGACUCUUCCCGUUCUGGAAUGACGUAAGGGUGGUGCCCCUCACCUUUUACGCCUCAUUUGCCUGUAUUCUGAGGACGUCCGGCUCACUGGCCUUCCCGGCUCUCUCCCUCCACGUUCUCCGGCCCGGCCGUGGCCGUGCCCACAGGGCAGGUCUGAGGUGGGGGCUCUGGGCACCCCUUCCAGGGUCGGAGCCCAGCGGAAGCCUGCUAGCAGGUGUCACCCGGCAGUUUGUUUGUUUUUAGUAACGGGAAGGGGUCGGACGUCACGUGGGCAUGUGCUGUUAGAGGAGGGAGGAGGCACGGAAGCUACGAAAGGGAAGGUGCUGUCUUGUUGGGGAAAAUUCCGUAGAAAGGAGACCAUGCCCUAAACUUGGCUUCUCCUGUUGUCUUUGUCCAGGAAAUUUAGGGCAGAAAGAACCCUGUUUUCCUUCUGUAUACUUCUUUGAAGGUAUUAGCGAACGAUGAGGGUUUUCAAAGCCUGUCUGUGGUCGGCAGCAAAUCCUCACAUAUGCACAGGGAGAAACGUGAGUUGAAAAGAGAACUAACUUUUCUCAAGUGCCUUUGAAGUGCCAGGCGCGACUCUAGCCUGUUCCCUCCUGUGAACGCAACAGCCCUGUGGGGUGGAUGCACUGAGAAGGGAGCCCUGGAGUCUGGGCCACACCGAUCAAGGCUGGGGUGUCUGGUUCCCACCCGGGCGAGUGAUGGGGUUGCAGAUCUAGGUGCGGCCUCAGACGGUGCCUCGUCAGCUGCCCGUCGGCGCCCUGUGGCGCAGGAGCACAGGGGCUGGACUCCGCCUCGUCUUGACUGCAGAUUCUGUUUGCCUCCUUAUAAAAUGCAGGGGCAGGAGUCCCCGGCACACAGAUGCGUAAGGAGGGCCAAAAGAACCGAUGCGCAGAGGUGCUUUGUAAGCUGGACAGUGACGUACUGAUAUUUGCUCACGGAGAUUGUUUUCUUUCACAGACGGGCACCCAAGAAGAUGUUAGUUGUUGGUUGGGAGUUUGGUCAGCAGCAGACCACACAUUUGCUUUUUUUUUUUUUUUUUUUUUUUUUACACCUCCCAUAAGUGUUUGUUUAUUUUUGAGAGAGACCGGGCAUGCUGGGGAGGGGCAGAGAGAGGAGGGGACAGAGAAUCCAAAGAAGGCUCCGUGCUGACAGCAGAGAGCCCAGUGUGGGGCUUGAACCUGUAAACCGCGAGACCGUGACCUGAGCCAAAGUCGGAUGCUUAACCGACUGAGCCACCCAGGCACCCCCACAUAUUUGCUUUUAUGUACUUCUGGCUGUGGAAGUUUUUCCUUCCGCUUUUAGAAUUGUUUCAUUUCUGCAGUAGAUAUUAAUGAUACCGUUUACACGCCACGCCCUCUAUUAGGUGUUGGAGAUAGAGCGGUGAAGGAGGCAGAUAAGUUUCUGUCCUUUUUGAAACACUGAAACUGUACAGAUGAUUGACAUUUUCCUCCUGUUGGGAGAAGAGAUCCCAAACCUGGUUGGCUUCUUACUGCCCCGAUACAUAUUUUAAGUCCGUGUUAGAUAACUCUUUAAGUACCACUCAGUUAUGCGGAUAUUUUGGGAGUAGCUGUUGAGCUGAAGAAACCAUGAGAAAGGUGGAUUGGGUGGGGGUUUCGCACGAUCAGCCUUUGUUUCUGCUUCCGGGCAGGGGGGCAGUGAGGACGUUUGAAAAUCACUGUGGUGUUUCUGUCAGAGCCCGGGGUAUUUUCCACUGUGGGGAAGAGCGCUUUGGUUAAAGAGUACUUUGAGCUUUAUUCACAAAGUGAAUCUACCUCAGUUCUGAGUGGCUGGAGUUGCAUUUAUCCGCAUCUGGGACUCGGAGGGCUCCUCCACUUCCCCACGUGUCGUCCAGGAUGCCCAGCUAGGUGUGGUCCAGCCGCAGACCCUGGAGACCCCAAGCCUCCACCCCCCCCCCCCCCAGGAAAACUGGAACAGUCUGUAAUCUGGCUUGUUUUGGAUCCCAGGUCUCGAGAUAGGACUCCAAAUGUUCCUUCUUUCCAAGUAGGUGAUCCUUUGUGGCCCUGGGAACCUGUCCCUUGUUCAUCUCUGGUUCCUGUUUUGGUCGCCUGAGAUGCGGUCAAGAGGAACGAUCAUAGAAAGCGUGGUGUCAGUUCUCUUCUGACUUUUAAAUGGCGUAACGGAGACCUUUGUGUCACCGGGGCUGCUCCGGCUAUUUCCGACCAAUUCAUUGGGGCCUUCAGUGACUCAGCAGCCUCCUGACUUUUUUUGCUUUUAAAAGGAGCUGGACUUGCACGGUGUAUGGAAUGCAGUUAACAUCACAGCCGACGCCUGUGGCCCGUAGUGAUGGCGGUCGGGGAAGGUCGGGCGAAAGCGUGCUCCCCAGAGGUGAGAUGAGGAGGUCAGGACACUGGGGCCGCCGUGAGCAGGAUUGUAUGGACGCUGUGCAUGGGGAAGGUAUUCUGAGCGAGGGAAGGGGUGUGAGGAAAGGCCAGAAGGUGUAAAGAGGACAGGCAGCGUGUGAACAAGUACCUCUGGAGGGCGUGGGGGUGAUGAGGCCACGGCAGCGAGGCCCGUGGGUGCCAGGCCAAGGGGUUUAGCCAGCGCCGGGGCAGAGCCACGGAGGUUUGAAAUGGGAGGGUGACCGAAGGCUUCCCGAAGAUGAAUCUGGCGUAGUGUGUGGGAUGAGUUGGAUGUGCAGAAAUGGGUGGAGGGUCUCUCUUCUGGCAAGUUCUGUGGGACUGAUUCUCUCUGAGGUGGUUCUCAGAUGGGGAGGCAGAAUAUCAAAUGUAGGAAAAUCAAAGCCCGCCUUGAUUAGCAACACUGCCGCCUCCCGUGUAUAAUAAUAUUUUGACGUGCACUUUUCAAAACCGGUCUUUCGGAGAUAUUUUCCAUACCGCAUAAAAUGCUUCUGGGCGCUCAGGAGGGUCAAGUAGCAGGUUGCCAUGAAGGGGGUUCUGCGCAGGCCCACGUGCCUUCUCGGAGUUCCUCUAAGGGCUGGGCCAGGGUGCGGGACCCUGACCGUGGCGAGUAGGCCCGCUGAGCCUGUGGGGGCUUUCCUUUUGCGGGGCGUUCCCCAGCAGGCCGGGCAGGGGUCUGGGGUGCAGAUGUGAGCCGGAAUAAAAGGGCUGCUUCUGCAGACCUUUGUGAUACUGGAAAGGGAAGCGUGACAUUUUAGUGUGUACUUCUUGAUCAAGGAUUUUGAUGACCAGCUCGUGUCUGUAGUAGGAAUUCUUAAGCCAUCAUUUAAAACUUCCCUGUCGAGAAUGAGACACUGACAAAUUAUUUGUAAUCAAUGACUCCUUACGCAGAAACGAAUGAGCAUGGGUAGGAUUUAAUCUUACCCCUGAAAAAAGGGAGAUCGUUGCACUCUUAUGCAGGUAGCAGACACUGAGCAUUUGUGACAGACGGGAUGCUCUGUUGGGGCUGAGUAACCAAAUGUGCUCUAAUUCUUAAAAUCGGUAAGAUUUUUUAACUAUGUUGCACUGUAAGUUCAUGUUUAAGAAUUCAGGUAACUGGCAGUAAUUAGGAUGCAGAUACAUUAAAAACAUCUCAAGUGUCGAUAACUUAUCUGUGCAGAAGUCGCCAGAAAGCUGCAACACAAAAACCGAUUUUAGGGAAUAAUACAGUGGUAACUACUUAAUGCAGAAGUUCUCCUUAAGGGAGUUUUUAUUAUAAUUUUUAUUGUAAUUGUAAUUUUAUUGUAAUCAAUGAUAAUGGACAUGAAACAGUACUGUAAUAGUGUAAGUGAUUAAAUACUAAAUUCUGUGGAACAAAUUAAGUACUUGAGAGUUCGGAGGAAGGAGCCAACCCAAAGAAUGGUAGUUGGGAAGAAGCCUGUUGGAGGUGGGGGCUUGGACCACUGGGUGAAAUUCCCCAGCUGCAACCAGCGGGGCGGCCUCCCGAAGCCAAGAGAGAGGGUCGCCAAGAGAGAGGGGCCGUGAGCCUGCAGCACCCUCAGGACCUGCCCCACCAGG